GGAGGAGGAGGAGGACGGGAAACAAGGGGUAGAGAGGGAAACAGGAACAGAAAGUGAAGACUUGUCAAGAUGUCUGGGUGAGGGGGACCAGAACAGAGCAGAAGCUGAUGCCAAAACAGAAACAACUGAAGUUGGAGCAGCUGACUGGAUCAGACAGAAGGGGAGACCUGACCUGCUACUUCACAUGAGCCUGAGGGACACGCCCACGAUUGGACCGCCCCCGCUCCUCCGACAAAACCGAAGCCAGAGGGCGAGAGGACAAGUGGAGACUCGAGAAAACAAUUAGUGGAAUGUCGGCCCGCAUAAACAGACUUGGCUCAAGUGCAUAUUUUGGCGUCCUCCUCGGGAUCAGAUCAUUGCGACGGGGCGACCUCGCGGGAUCCCCUCUAAUUAACAAAGGAGCUUGUUUUGGAUUUGUUUUAGAGGAAAAAAGACCUUAAAGGGACACUUUGAGGCAGGAGGCAUUCAUAAAGUUUGCCUUCAGUGUUUGUAAAGAACCCAAAGCUGAGCACAUACGCACAAACCUAAUCAGACAGAUCUGCCUGUCGCGGGCGAGGAGGAGCACACGUUCACUGUCAAGUCACAGAAAACAUUUGAACCGACACCCGUUGGACGGAUGGGUUUGUGCGACUGAAACCUUUCAACUGGAGCCACAUCACGUUAAAAGGAGUUUGAACUCAAAUCAAGACCCCGUCGUCAUUUAGUCUGGGUUCUCCAGCAACUUCAUGUGCACAUUUACCGUCCUAUAAACUUCACAGCUCUGUAAAGGAUUUAUUAACUCCACAGCUCUUAGACAAUCAGGAGGAGGAGGAGUCUGUGUCUUUAAACCAUGGAUGAGAACACAGACAGCAUCCGGGACUUCUUCAGUCAGUUAUGGAGCUUUGCUGUGGACAAACACAACCAGGGGGCCUACAACACCAUCUGCCUGAUGGUCCUUCUGACUCUCCCCCUGCUUGUCCUCCUCACCACGCUGGUGGUGUGCUGCCACUGCUGCUGCUGUCGCCAUGCCAACGGCUGCUGUGGCUGCUGCUGCCAAGGCGACGCGUCGAGAGGGAAGUCGGACACAAAAAAGAAAAAGAAUUCAGCCAAAACAGAGGACUUGUGGAUCUCCGUGAAGCCGGAGCCCAUGACGCCCGACAGGGUGGCCCUGGCUAUGGUGUAGGGGCCCUCAUCCUGGGCCAGCUCGUUUGAGACUGUAUUGGACUCAAAGGAGGCCGAAGCAUUUGUGCUAACUUUGUGAUAACUAUAGAUAUAUUCUUCACUUUGUAUUCAUAUGGUGUUGUGUGCGGUGGAUUUAUGACAAUGUUUACAGCAGUUUUAUGAGUUUUUCUAGUGUGUGGUACAUAAAGGAAGAAAUAUGCAGACGGGAGCAUUUAUAUAUGUGUGUGUGAGUGUGAGUAUGUGUGUGUGUGAGAGAGAGAGAGAGAGAGUAUCACAGUGUCAUUGAGAGCACUUUGUUCUUAGAGCUCCCAUGUGAAAUUCAGUGAGUCUGCAUUUGGGAGAGAGACACAAUUUAGGGUCUGCCCAGUGUCCAGAUAGCUGCCAGCUUUUCACAUUCAGACUACAACUGUGACUGACUCACUUUCUACAGCGAAUGGCACUGACAUGUGAACACACUGUCCGCAGAAGGAAAACCUUUAACGUUCUUAAUUCGUACAUUUUGUUUUUGUUUUUUCGCUCUAUUUGCUUGACAGCAUGACAGAGCAACGGGUAAUAUUGGAUUUUUUUUUUUUUAAAUUUAACACUCACACUUGUGUGGACAUAUGCAAAAGUGAAACGUUUCCCCUUUAUCUUAAGCUAACUUACGAGUAAAUAACAAUGUAAAGUAAUUGGACCUUUUGUUUUAGCAUUGUUGCACAGAAACUCUACUAUCUCCCCUACAAGCGUUCAAUUUAUUUUUGCAAACAGCACAGAUUAAAAUGACAUUAAUUUUUUUCUUGUCUUCACUUUUCGUAUUGCCACUAAAUUACCCCAGGUUUUUCUCAUUCGCAUUUCUCAUUUCUACUGAUCUAAUUUCUUUCCAGGGAAUAAAAUCUAAAAUGCUAUAGAGAAUUAAGGGCUGAAUAAAAAAAAUGUAAAUUGAUGUGAAAAUAAAAUCUAAUCAUGUA